GAAACAGCCUUGACACACGUCCGGUUGCGGAACAACACACAGGACACAAAACUCACUUUCUCUGUUUCUGGGGGUAUAUUUGAGAUAAACUCAUCUGUAUUCCGUCCUUCUUUAUUACUUUGAAUGAGAAAAGAAAACGUUUAUUUAAGUGAGAUAUAAAGGUAGUAAUAAUUGUGCGUCGCGGUGGGAUUGAAAAGGCAGGCGACAGGCGCUUCACUGAGUGAUUUGUUAUUUGGCUCAGGCGUUAUAGAUGGAGAGAGGGUGUGCACAUUUCAGAGGAGAUCGCUUUCCGAUAGCGCGUGUGGAUUGAAUGGAACUGCGGAAUUGAGACGGAAGGCAUUCUUGAUUCUAGAGGAAGAAUGAUGCGAAAAUCCAACGGGAAAAUACCACUAAAUGUUUUAUCUCUAAUUGAAAGGGGUUGAUUUAUAAUGACAUAGCCCACCUAAGUGUUGCAUUAGUAUACAUAUCAACUUGCCACGUAAUUGGUUACAUUGGAUAGUCAUAGUCUUAGAGUUUAUUGUAAAAUCGAAAUAAAUUGGAUAAUUAAUCUUGGCACGAUUAAAAUAUUUUUUUUUUAUCAGGUCAAAGAAUUGGAAUUUAGCACCACUAUAACCAGUCUUAUUACUUUACACAAGUAGGCAUUAUUUUCCUCUAUUGGAAACUAAUUUUAAUAUUUUGGAUUUUGAAGAAAUGGCAAUCAACAUAGACACUGAAUUCGAGAAAUCUACCCUGGGAGAGAGCCGCGGCGCGCCCGCCAACGAGUCUCAGGAGACGGAGAAACUUCUCAGCACCGUGACCACCAAGCCCGCUGGGGGCAACGGUAUGAAAAUGUCCUCCUCCUUCACGGUCAACGUGGGGAGCGACAAGAACCUGGAUGUAGACCAGAACGGCCACAGUGUGCCCUUUAGGUCGGGCUCUGCAGGGCACCUGGCCGCUGCCCCCCUUUCCCCGUCCCGGGUCAGUUUGAGUCGCAGUUGCACCUCUUCCAUCGGGAAUGCCGCGGUCCAAGAGGCGCAAAAGCCCAAAGACUAUCUCAUACUGGUCAUAUUGUCCUGCUUCUGCCCUGUCUGGCCCGUCAGCAUUGUUGCUUUGGUAUUUUCAAUUAUGUCCAGAAACAGCCUGCAGUCGGGAGACAUGGACGGCGCUAAGAGACUGGGUAAACUGGCUCGACUCCUCAGUGUUGUUUCCAUAAUCAUAGGUGUGCUCAUCAUAGUCGUCUAUGUAACGGUCUAUGUAACCAGUGUAUAGACCAUGAAACAAGAGCCCUGCUGCAAGCCAAGCAGAGGAUGCAGCAUGAAAAAAUAUAUAUAUAAUCUGUUGAUUCCGAGAUGAAAAAUAAAAAAUCAUCACCACCUACUCCACACUGUAAUUAAGAUCAAGGCAAACAAUUAAAAAGUUUAAAGAAGAGUAGGAAAUACAGUAGGAAAUACAGUAGCAAAUUAAUCAACCAAACCAAAAAGAUCCAGAUAUGCAUGCAUUAGAUUCCAGUAACAUUUGCUUGAUGAAGAAAAAGAAAAUCCUUGAUAUAAAAAGUGUACUUUAAAAGAACGUUGGACGAUUGACUUUAGGUUUGAGGCACUUGCUACUCUCAUUGGAUUCUAUGUGGAGUAAAAAAUACACUUAAGAUGAAGAAGACAGGGAUGAACAGAGGAAAAAAGUGAUACAAACUUUUCUGUAUCAAGAAUGGAAGGAGACCUUGAAAAUGGACUACAAGCUUUGGACUACAAACAUCAAGAAUAAUAACCUACAUAUAUACCUGGUUGGCCUGGCCUCCUGCAUUGAAAUCAUAUACAACUAUACAGAUAUAUUUGCAAUAUAAAUAUAUAUAGAUGUAUAUCCAUUUACAUUUUAUAAAAGUUGUGUAUGUUGGGCUAAGCUGCGAUGAUUGAGACUGUUAAGUUAAGAUGGCUGCCUGACCGGCAGUGGCUGUCGCCUAAUAUGGUUUGUCGAAGGAUGUAAUAUUUGACCAGGGAACACGAUUCAGAGAAUAUGUUUUUGAAUUUAUGUAGUUUAUUUUGUAGGUUUCUGACAAAAAUAAGAGACCACUUGCAUGCAUGUCUUGACUGUAGAUAGCCAACCUUUUUCAUUUUGUUUGUGAAUUCAUAUUUGUUUGUCUGUGUUUUUACUUGCUUAGAGACUUUGGAGAGUGAGUUGUACAUAAUGUGAGCGUUUCGGCCCCAUGUGGGUUGACGGUGGGUAAGGACUCCACAGAAACAGAAUACCCCCUCCCCCUUUCUUCUACCCCCCUCUCCAACCCUCCUUUCCCCUGCCUUGCUGUGGGAGGGGUCUGACUAUAUUGAUGCGCAUGCCUACCCUACCCUCCCCAUCCCCUCUCCAAACAUCCAUUGCAGAGCAUGGUUAUAAGGUCUGAGGAUAUUCAAUUUGUCAGAACCAUCACUCUCCCCGCCCACCACCCUCCUAGCUCCCCCUCCAACUCCAACACACCCUACCCCAGUACCUUGCCUCAUUACCUGGACUGUUAAUGUAACUUGUUUCACUGAAUAUAUUUUGUAGUACUUCAGAGACCAACGCCAAUCCUUAACCUAUUGCCACCGUGCUGUAUCGGUAUGACAUGUAUUUAUAUGAAGAAUAUAUAUGCAAUAUUAUAUAGGCAUGCUUUGGGAUAAACAGUACCCAGGUUUUUGUAUGUCACUGUAAGGACCUGCUGUAACGUUAAAUGAACAUUGUUUUGAGGUUUGAUUGAUUGGCAGCAGUUAUCUCUGUACAUGUACUGUAGCACACCAAUGUGUCACCAUGCCAUCUGGAAUAAGUCACACAGUUUGUUCAGAUCCAACUAUGGUAACACAACAAAGGACUGUUAUAUUGACACGCUUCAGAUGUUUACUGCAAGGUCAUAACACCUCUUAUAAAACCUUCAUAACCACUACAUAAUGCUUCAUAACACCCUUGUUUGGACUUACAUUCACGUUUGUAUUACUACUCAUAACUCAUUCUCUUCAACUCCAAUUUGAUUUCAAUACUGUAAGUUGACAUUAGCGAUUAUCAAUGGUUCCACUGCUUGUCUUAUCCUGGCAGAUAAAUGCAAUCAAAUCAUUAUCAUAUCAUUCUCUCUCUGGCCUCCUACACGAGGCCAGAGAGAGAAUGAUAUGAUAAUGAUUUGAUUGCAUUUAUCUGGCCUGAAUUUAAAAUCUUAAAAGAGAUAUAAAGUGAUUGAUAAAGCACCUGUAAUUGGUGAAAUAGGUCACCAUAUUAACAUUUUCGAGGUCUCAUUUAGAGGAUUCAAACUAUGAACACCUAUUGGUUAAUUCCAAUACUGCCCCUGUAUAAGCAUGCAAAGCACUUGGUCAAUCCAGAUCUAACCCAAAGCGAGCAUUGACAAAACAUUUCCAAUCAGAAAGUCACAGCAAUUAAAACCUGGAAACUCUCUUGACAAUAUAAUGUUACAAUUUUUGGCAUCUGUACUGUAUUUCUAGAAACAACAAAUAGAAAUAGGACCACAGCUGGUGAAUGACUCAACAUGGUCAUGAUGUUUAAAGGCACUGAACUCAUGACAGUACAUCUUUGGGUAUGAUAACCAAAAGGGCAGCAAGUUUAUGUUGCUAUAUAAGUUAUAUUGUACAGUAGGAAGCUCCUGCAGCCACAGUGUGCUUCACUGGACAGAUGGGCUGAAGAGACAUCCCUGUCUAAAGAGCUCUAAUGUUUAUCUCUGGGCAACAGGCAUGCACAAACUAACUUCCCACACACACCAAAAGGGCUUUUAGAAAACUAUCUUGGGGGGAGAAAGUAGAUGGCUGCUUUUAUGUCAUACAGUAAGAGCAAAUGGCAGAGAGAGAGAGAGAGAGACCCCAAUCAAGCAGGAGAGUUUCAGUGACUCAGUCUGCCAUUGAAAACCCAAAAUUCAACUUAAUUCCCAUAAGACAAAUUUGUAUGGUAAUUUCUCUGUUAUCACAUGAAAUACCACACUCACCUUCCACACUUUUCCAACACAUACUUCCCUGACAGUCUUUCUGCUGUGAGAUAUAUACGUGCUGUUCUGUGUCAGUAAAACAGUGACUUUCAAUUAAUGUCUAUUUUUUUAUGUCCUGAUUUUCCCCCCUCUAUGUUGUGAACAUUCUACAUGUCUGGAAUAAACAUUACAAUGCAUGGUC